CAUACCUUCGGAAGACCUUGACAUAAUCCCUCGUCGCGAAGUUCCAGGCUCAGCAACUUUCACUGGAGCUCACUUCUGCUGAAGGGGUUUCUCGUCAUAGUGUCCCGUUAGUUAGGUUGGAUUGCCGGACAGAGUGCGCAGCAACGCCGGCGUAGACUCCUUCUCGGGGUCCCGAGAAGCGAGUCGAGAAUCAGGGAAGAAAAGACAACACCUCCAUCCAACAAGAUGCCUUCCAAGAUAGGUGACCGGCUAGCCCGGAUCCUACCGAUGAUCGGUUACCACCACGUGCUAAUGAUUAUCAUUGCGGUCGCCAUCAUUCUUCUAUCCCUACUAUUGGCGGGGUGCUCCUCCUCGUCCCCGCAGAUCCCCAGCAUAUUCCUGAUAUCACUCUACUACGAACGAUACAAGCCGACCUUCAACCUGGCACAGGUAGAUCCCGGGGUGGUCACGGCAACGGCGAACAUUGUCGGGGGAGCGGAGAUGGAGGUUCGCGUGGGUUAUUUCGGUAUUUGCGUGCAACCAGAUGCAGGAUCGUAUAUUUGCAAUGCCAAUGCGACAGCCUUGGCUGAAAUCGUCACGGUUGAUCAAGACCCUCUGAACUUGAUUUGGGUCGCGUCUACCUUCAAGGAUGCGGUUGUGUUCCCAUACCUCUUGAUCAUCGCCGUCAUCCUCGCCUUCUUCUGUUUCAUCCUGCUCGCCACCUUCCCCGGUUGGCACGAUGAGCUCGAUGCCAGUGGCUCCGAAGUCGAAGCCAAGCCAUUCCCAUCACGACCGGUAUCGCAAGCCGCCCUGGCUCUUAUCUUCGUCGCCUCUGUCUUCGUGCUCGUCUCAGUCCUCUGGCAACAUACAGCAUCCGUGGCCGCCAGCACCAUCGCGCAGGACAUGGGCAACGGCAGUGUGAAGAGUGGAGUCGGCACUUCAGCAAUGGUGCUCGGCUGGUUCGGCUUCGGCCUUAUGGUCGUGGUGACGAUAGGUCUUCUUGUGAUGAUCCUCAGCAUCAGCCUAAUCCGACAAUUGACGGACGAGCCCUAGCCGAACUGACAAAACACCCAAAACUCCUCCUUUUCUGCAUCGCAAUUUGAUUCCCCCCAUUUUUGAUUUUGAUAAUAUCGACACCACCCACCACU